AAUCGUGCAUCAUGGGAUGUAACAGUCGUAUAUACAUUAAUAUGCUCAUUAAUUAUCGAAUUAAUUGCUAUCCUUUAUUUAUUUUUACCACGAGAAUUUUGUUGUGAAAAUUAUGAAUAUAUGGCAGCACCAUUUAGUGCCUUUGCUAUAACUAUAUUUAUACUAUUACUUUAUGGUGUUAUUACAUAUGCGGAACGAUAUUCGGAAAUUUCAAUAUUACUUGAGGCUUUUUCACAAACCGAAGGACAUAGUGGAUUACAUCCAUCAAUGAUUACUAUUGGCCUUGGUUAUAGUUAUUACUUAUCAUGUAUUGCUUCUGUAUUUUCUUUCUUAUCACUUAUCACUGGUACACUUAAUGUUACCUUAGCAUGGUGUUUUCUUUGGUAG